CUUCAAGGAGAACGUGUCAACAGAAGAACAGAAGAAGAACCAAGAAGAAAAACACUUCCGCACAGUCACAGUUCAGCAGCCUGGACUAGUAGUUUCUGCUACAUAAAAAAAAUGGCCAAAUUGAAAGACAAAAGACGGGAGAAAACCAGUGUCGCCACUGAGAUUGACCGUCUGGAGGAGCGGAGGACGCGGUGCCAAGACAACCUGGUGAGGGCUGAGUUCAGGAGCAGGAAGGAGAAGCUCUCUGACAAGGACAGGCAGGACCUGGAAGAUGAGAUGACUAUCAUUAAUGAGAGGGUGCUAAAGUUAGACAAGGAGCUGGAGACGUUAAGAGGAGAGAACCGGAGGAACAUGCUGCUGUCAGUCGCUCUGCUGGUUGUCAGCGCUCUCUUCUACUAUGUCUUUUUCUUCAAUGAAGAGGACUCAUGAUCCCGCCUGGGAACCUAAAGCGACCUGGUGUCUGUAAAGAACAACAACCUUAGGACAACGUUGUCCUGAGAUGAUAUAUGAGGUUCACUGUGAUUAAAAUACACAAGAAAGCUUGAGAGCUGUGUGUUGAUGAAAUACCUCAGUUCUGCCUCUAGGUGGCAUCAUUGUCAUUGUUGUGAUCCCUUCUGGACAUCAUACUGGGUUUAUCAUGCACAGCUUCUUGGACUAGAGUAAUACAUCUAUGAGAUAAUAUUGGGGUAAAGUGAGUGAUCAUUUUUACAGUUGGUUUUCAUUGCUGUAUAAAGACUUAACUUUAUAUUAUAACAUUCAACAUGAAGAAUUUAUACAAGACAGUUUACCCCCUGAAUAAACAAUUAAAUACAACGUUUUUAAAGUUUGCCUUCUGCCACAAAUAAACCAAAGUAAUGUUGCUUUUGUACAAUAUAUCAGAAAUAUGUUUCAUCCAUUGGUGCCAAUCAAGUUUGCUUUUCUUUUCAGUCACAUAUAAAUGAAUAUGUUUGAUAAUGCAUGGUACACAUGUCAUGUGCAGUAAAAUGGAUGAAAAUUUUUGAUACAUUUUGUUUUCUUUUAAAAUGAGCAUUGUACAGUGUGUUUUAUCAUUACAGCAUAAAGAGAACCUGAAGAAUGUAUUUUUUGUUUUUGAUACUCAUGCUGGCCAUGUACCAUCUCAUAAUAAAAGCCGAAAGAUG